CAAAUUACUUCUUUCUCAAUUCCUAACUUGAUUAUUUCAAAAGAAAAAAUUUGCAUAAUUAUAAUGAAUGUCGAUUAUCGUGACACUUGGUUACGUCCUCAUCAAAAAUCACUCUACUCCGGAACGCAUACAUUAUUACCCAAUGAACGUUGCUCAUUGCGACAAUGGAUUUUUAAAGAAAAUAUCGAUGAAAAGUAUACACAACUUAAACAGUAUCGUCUAAUGCAAGAAAUUGGACAGGGUUCAUAUGGUAUUGUGAAAUUGGCUUAUAAUGAAGAAGACAAAAAUUUAUAUGCGCUAAAAGUGCUCGAUAAGAUGAAAUUGAUCAAAAAUUUUGCAUGCUUCCGUCCUCUACCAAUACGUCAUCGGAUCAAUACCCAAUCACCAUUACGAUUACCACAUGAUCCUAUGCAAGCUGUACAACGUGAAAUUGCAAUUCUGAAAAAGCUCAAUCAUCCAAAUAUAGUGAAACUUGUUGAGGUGAGUACCACAGUUGUCUAA